AUGUCUUCGCAGGUGCAUGGAGUAUGUAACUUUGAAAUUGUGGAACACGUGUCGAAAAACGAUGAGAAGAGCAACGCUGAAGAUCUUGACGACCAUCCCGCGCAAAUUAUGGUACCAUCCGAUCCGUCCAAAUGGAACUCGAGUGACAUAAACAAAUGGAUUUUAUGGUGCAGUCAUACAUUCGCCAUAAGACUAGGAUCUAUCGCAGCAAUACUCCCAUCAACUGGUAAAGAACUGCUGCGAUUAACACUACAAGAUUGGCGGGAUAUCGGCGGAACAGGAGGUAGUAUUGUAGCGAGACACUUGGCUCAUCUUCGUCUACAAGCCACCGGCGUGCAUACUACGGAUUUACUACAAGAGAACGAAAAUAAUAAGGAAAUUGAUUCGUCUAACUCAUCUUGUAUCGCGUGGGAGGGCUCGAAUGGGGAAUUCAAGCUCACCGAUCCGGAUGAAGUAGCGCGCCGUUGGGGUGAGCGCAAGAGCAAGCCUAACAUGAAUUACGACAAACUGUCACGCGCGUUGAGAUAUUACUACGACAAGAAUAUAAUGACAAAAGUUCAUGGUAAACGUUAUGCUUACAAAUUCGAUUUUCGUGGUUUGACGAUGGCUUGUCAGUCGCAAGCAGGCAUUAUGUUGGAGGCGUCGACGUCAACGCGCGUAACAAAUACGAGCUGCCAUCCUCAUCAUCAGGCUCAUCGCACUUCUCGCUUAUAUCCUGUUGGACCUGCUCAGCACUCUGCACCGUCCACUUUCCAAUCAGAAUCGUCUUCCAGUCAACAACAGCCACCGCCACCUCCACCGCCAUUGCCACCACCACAUUAUUGGCCAUAUCGAUAUUCACCAUCGACAUAA